CCGGGUUUGUCAAAGGUUACAAAUGUUCGGCGGUGCCUCAUUGUACAAGCGUCAACGAUUUCCGAAGGAAAGUAACACGCCGGCUCUUGCAAGUUGGUUCAUCUAACAAUACUCAUCUGAGCUUAGAAGUUCAUCUCGAAGAACCACUAUGACAUAAGUUAAAGCUACUCAUAACCGGAACGGGUGAUCUGGGGAACGAGAAACUUGGUCGAGGCUGAGGACAUCAUCCCACUUCCAAUACUUUCUCGUCCACAAAUUCUGGUUACAUGGUGGAAUUUAUAUUGACUGUACAGCAGCAGUUUGUUUUCAUUUCGCAGACAUAGACCUGAAAAUUUAUACAGGACAGAUCUAUUUAUCUUUCCCAUCGAGCAGUUUGGUUUAAAAAGACUGAUUUUGUACACUGUACUGUUACGUUUUUCUGUUCAAUUCAAGUGAGAUAUCACUGUUAUUUUUGUGUGUUACCCGCUGCCUUUCAACCUAGUUCCUGAUGAUGGGAGACGCUCUGUUUUGUUUUACCUGCUGUAUCGCAGAGCAACCACAGCCGAAACGACCGAGAAGGCGGUUAGACCCAAGUAUGAUAGGACUUCCCACCGACUUCAGACAUACCACGCACAUAGGAUCUAAUGAAGUGGGCAACUCUAUGCAGAUAAAUUCCUUACAGAAUCAAAUGUCAUCAAAGGGAGACCACUUCGACCCAGUUUCUCCGUGUCAUCUCAAACUGUCUGUUGUCGACCUGCCCCACCAUCGCAGUCCAUCAUAAUGUUAGAUAACUCUAGCUGCAUGGAGGUGUCUGUCUUCUCAUUGGACCACAAUUGUGACAUCACUCUCAGGGUUCAAGUUCCACGGCAUUCACAAAACAAGCCUUUGUCUGACUUCUGUAAUUACAUGUAAAUCUUUCAACUGCUGACUUAAAUGUGAAACUGCUUUCCAGAAAACAAUUGCUGACUAAGGUCUGUUUUGUACAUGAAAUAAGCCUUUGUAUUUACUUCUGAUUUUUUUUUUAUAAAACUUGUGUUUACUUAGUAAAUGUGAAAGUGCUUUCCAGAAGACGACUGCUGAUUAAGGUCUUGUUUGUAAAUGAAAUAAGCCUUUGUAUCUACUUCUGAAAUUCUGAAUAAUUUUUGUAAAACUUGUGUUAGUAAAUGCAAAACUGCUUUCCAGAAAACAACUCCUGAUUAAGGUCUUGUUUGUAAAUGAAAGAAGCCUUAUUUACUUCUGAAAUUCGUAAUAAUUUUAAUAUCUGGAAUUUACUGUUCAACCAUCUACAGGGUGAGGUCUGUAAUUAACCCUUAAACUGCUGAUCUGUUUUUAUAAAACUUGUGUUUACUUAGUAAAUGUGAAAGUGCUUUCCAGAAGAUAACUGCUGAUUUAGAGUCGUGCUUGCAGUAGGAUUAGUUUGAUUGUCGGAGAACCCUAGAGUAGUUGAUGCUGUCUUGUGUCCUAAAACAAAGUCUAGCUUUGCUGUAAUAACAACAAACAACAUAUUUAUGGUCACUCUGCCAUAUGGUAUAAUGUGCCAUGUGGUAUAGUGAUUUAAAAAAAAAAAUUAUUUUGGGACUAGGUUUUUUUUUUUAAACAAUAUUUAUUCAAACAGGUGAUAAGCCGAUAUAAAUGCCUCUUGUGAGAAGGUGUUACAUACUGUAUAAAUUUCAAUGAAUGACAUAAAAUAUAACGUUACAUUGUGGUAUAGUGUGCCUCGCAGUAUAGUGUGCCUCGCAGUAUAGUGUGCCUUGCGGUAUAGUGUGCUGUUUGGUAUAUUGUGCCACAGGGAAGUUGGUUGAUCUCACCACAAGUCUUGUCUUCACCCCACCUCUGAUGAAAUAUCCCUAAAUUAGAAAGGAUUAACGCUAUUUAAUUUUAGACAACAAAAUCCUGCCAUGAAGUGUAUCACAACCACAAUUGUCUCCCUUUUUAAACAUCAUAUAUACAUGAGGAAUGGCUAUAACAUUAAAACAAUGCACCAAGUACAAAUAUUGGCUAGAAAGCUUACAGCAAACAUGGACUUUUUUUUAAGGGUAACCCACGUACAAUAUUUGGCCUGCAGAUUUCAGUAACUAGCUUAUUCCAGUUCCACGUAAUUCUUGUCCCAUUUGCAAAGCAAAUGUUUUCAUUUACACACAUUUACACAAGUUUCAAAAGGUUAGUGCCAUAGACCAAUAAUGGAAGCUCAUUUAAUAUCCUAUAAAUAUUAGCAAUCUUAAAAUGUAGGAAAAUCCCAAUAAGUGACUUAUUAGCGAGAUCAGACUUUAGUGAGGUCAUCAUA